GAAAAACCAGCCGACAACUCGUGUCCACUUCCCAAAUCUCGAGCUUCUCUCUCCUGGUUUUACGCACAGCACCACAUUCACUUCCAUUUUCUAAUGCUACCACUUAGUUUUAGAGUAUAAAAAUUAUACUAUAAAUCUCAUUUUUUUUUUAGCUUCCCUAGGCAAGAAAGAUUUCACAAAAAGGUUACCCAGUAAUGUUUCAAUCAAUUGUGUAUGACUUUUUGUUCAAGCUAAUUACAUUAACAUACUAGUACAUCAUUCUGAACCAACCUGAGUGCUUAAAAAAACCCACUAAAGAUUUCCAAACUUGUCUGGUUCUUGCUUUUUUUUUUUUCCUUUUUAGUAUGGACUGUGUAAAGUUGGGUUUUUUUGGGUUUUGCUUCUACUUGUGGUUGCCAAUGGUUGCUGCCUCUGACAAUCUUCUUUCUCCAAAGGGUGUUAACUAUGAGGUGACUGCUUUGAUGGCGGUGAAGAUUAAGCUAAAGGACGAGUCGAAUGUGAUGAAUGGGUGGGAUAUUAAUUCCGUUGACCCUUGUACCUGGAACAUGGUCGCUUGCUCUCCUGAAGGUUACGUUGUUUCCCUUGAGAUGGCCAGCGUGGGCUUAUCAGGAACUCUUUCACCAAGUAUUGCCAAUUUGAGUCACCUUCAGAAAAUACUUAGAUUUUGUAGGAAGCACUGGGCUAGGACAGGUGAGCUUGAUCAGAAUUCAUUGCAAGGGUCGUUGCAGAACAAUCGGUUAUCUGGCCCUAUCCCAGCUGAGAUAGGAAAGCUCUCAGAGCUUCAAACGCUUGAUCUCUCACAAAACCAGUUUGUUGGAGAAAUUCCAAGUUCUUUGGGGUCUCUAACUCAUCUAAACUACUUGCGGCUCAGUAAAAACAAUUUAUCUGGACAGAUUCCUAAGCUUGUCGCUAACCUCUCUUGUCUUUCAUUCUUGGAUUUAUCGUACAACAAUUUCAGUGGUCCCACUCCGAAAAUACUAGCACAAAGCUACAGUAUUACAGGGAAUAACUUUCUUUGCUCUUCUACAUCAGCACAAAUUUGCAUGGGUGCUUCAAAACCAAUAAAUGAUGGUGUAACUACAGAUGCAAGGUCAACUCAGAAAGUCAGUGGUCAUCAUCAGUGGGUGCUUUCUGUUGCCAUUGGCAUAAGUUGCACAUUUGUGGUUUCUGUGAUGCUGCUUGUUUGUUGGGUGCAUUGGUACAGAUCUCGGCUACUCUCUUCAUCUUAUGUGCAGCAAGAUUGUGAAUUUGAUAUUGGUCAUCUCAAGAGGUUUUCAUUUCGUGAAUUGCAAAAUGCCACUGGAAAUUUUAGUCCCAAAAACAUCCUAGGGCAAGGUGGAUAUGGAGUGGUUUAUAAAGGAUGCCUUCCAAAUAGGACAGUGGUCGCGGUUAAGAGGCUGAAAGAUCCAAGUUACACAGGAGAAGUGCAGUUUCAAACUGAAGUUGAAAUGAUUGGCUUGGCUUUGCAUCGGAACCUCUUACGUUUGUAUGGAUUUUGCAUGACAUCCGAUGAAAGAUUGCUUGUUUAUCCUUAUAUGCCAAAUGGGAGUGUUGCUGAUCGUUUGAGAGAAACUUGUCGAGAGAAGCCCUCUUUGGAUUGGAACAGAAGAAUGCAGAUUGCCAUUGGGGCUGCCCGUGGACUUCUGUACUUGCAUGACCAGUGUAAUCCAAAAAUAAUUCACAGGGAUGUCAAAGCUGCAAACAUUUUGCUUGACGAAAGUUUUGAAGCUGUAGUUGGGGAUUUUGGUCUUGCUAAGCUGUUAGAUCGGAGGGAAUCACAUGUCACUACUGCAGUACGUGGCACUGUAGGACAUAUUGCCCCAGAGUAUCUUUCAACAGGCCAAUCUUCUGAAAAAACUGAUGUUUUUGGAUUUGGCAUACUACUUUUGGAACUCAUAACAGGGCAAAAGGCGUUAGAUGCUGGAAAUGGUCAGGUUCAGAAGGGAAUGAUUCUUGAGUGGGUAAGAACCUUGUUUGAGGAGAAGAAGCUGGAGGUGCUAGUUGAUAGGGAUCUAAGGGGAUGCUUUGAUGCAUUCCAGUUGGAGAAAGCAGUAGAGGUGGCCCUGCAGUGUACUCAAUCACAUCCCAACCUCCGGCCAAAGAUGUCUGAAGUUUUGAAGGUCUUGGAAGGCCUUGUUGAGUCAGGACAGGCAGAGGAUUCACAAAGUGGAACCAACCUUUGUGAGGCAAGGGCUUGUAGUUUUUCCAGAAUUUACAGUGACGUUCAAGAAGAAUCUUCAUUUAUCAUUGAAGCCAUGGAGCUUUCUGGACCCCGCUAACAAGCAGUUUAAUUUGUUCCUUUCUAAGUUCAAAUGUAAAUGAGUUUUGCGCUUUAUCAUAAUCAUAUACAAAUUUAUACAUUUUCUAUUGA